UAAAUCAAACCCUUCUUCUUCUAUUUUGUGUGAGAGAGAGAGAGAGGAAACGAAAGAACAAAAAGCAACUCUUGCAAAUCUCAUGAACUGUGGAAUCGUGUUGGGUUUCUAUUGCUGGGGUUGGGAGUUCUUAACUGCCCUUCUUCUCUUCUCUUCUAAUCAUCUCUCUCAUCCUUAUUGACUACCUUCUUCUCCUUCCUUCCUUCUUUCUUCAUCUCCUCUCAAUCCUAUAAAGAGAGAUACGCCGAGAGGUUUUGCGUAGUUAUUGCAUAUGAUCAUGGAGGCGAGCGGCGAUUAUAUCACCGAGAAGAAGGGCCUGCUGCUGGAGUACGUGAGGAAGUCGACCCCCCCGCCGUUCCUGCUGAAGACGUACAUGCUCGUGGAGGACCCGGCGACUGACGACGUCAUAUCGUGGAACGCCGAGGGCACCGCCUUUGUCGUGUGGCAGCCGGCGGAGUUCGCCAGAGAUCUCCUCCCCACGCUCUUCAAGCACAGCAACUUCUCCAGCUUCGUGAGGCAGCUCAACACUUAUGGCUUCCGGAAAGUAGCGACGAGCCGAUGGGAGUUCUCCAACGACAUGUUCCGAAAGGGGGAGAGAGAGCUUCUCUGCGAGAUCCGGCGCCGGAAAGCCUGGGCGAACAAGCAGCAAAACCCGAGCUCGAACCCUUCAGCGCGAGCUCAUCAGGACGCCAACAACAACAACAACCAAUCCUCCGACGAAGACCAGAGGUCGUCGUCGACCUCCUCCUCGUCCGAGUACGGCAACCUCGUCCACGAGAACAAGCGACUCAAGAAGGAGAACGGGGCCCUGAGCUCCGAGCUCACCAGCAUGAAGCACAAGUGCAAGGAGCUUCUCGAGCUCGUUGCAAAGUACGGGCUGCACGAGGACAGGGAGGGCGGCGGCGAAGAGGAGGAAGAGGAGGAAAACAACGGCGGCGAAGGGCUGAAGUUGUUUGGGGUGAGAUUGGAGGUUAAAGGUGAUGAGAGAGGGGAGAGGAAGAGGAAAGGUGCAGGUUUUAGAGAGAGCGCAAGUAUUUUGCUUUCUCAGUCAUGCAAGUGAUGAUAAUUU